GCCCGAAUCCCUUUCAAGCACGACUCUUUCCAAGGUGUUCCUUUGGGAAGCUGUUUAUUGUGACUCAUAACAUUGUCCCGUUGACGAUUGUCCAUACUCUAAUUCUCGCCUACCAUGUCUGGAAUCUGUAGACCCCGUCUUGCUGAGGAGCGCAAGCAAUGGAGAAAGGACCAUCCCUUCGGAUUUUACGCGAAGCCAGUGAAAGCUGCAGAUGGUUCCAUGAACCUCAUGGAGUGGGAAGUGGGUAUUCCUGGAAAGGCCGGAACACCUUGGGAAGGUGGCCUUUUCAAGCUUACGAUGACCUUCCCUGAAGAUUAUCCAUCGAAACCGCCGAAAUGUAAAUUCACGCCCCCCCUGUUUCAUCCGAACGUAUACCCGUCAGGAACCGUCUGUCUUUCCAUCCUUGACGAAGAAAAGUCAUGGAAACCAGCAAUCACCAUUAAACAAAUUCUCCUGGGCAUUCAAGAUCUUUUGGAUGACCCGAAUGUAAACGAUCCGGCGCAAAGCGACGCCUACACCAUGUUCAAAAACGACAAGGUUGCCUACGAACGAAGAAUCCGGCAGCAAGCCCGGGAGAAUAUACCGAAAUAAAGCAACAACCAUGUGUCUGUAGUGAGAACAUCAGAAUCUCAACUGGCAGUGUUCACAUUGCGGAUCUGACUUCUCAGCUCCCUGGCCUUGCUGGUCGUGACGCUGCAACGAUGGCAGAUCUCCAUAAAUUACAUGUACGUCCGAGGGCUGCCUUGGAAGAAAUGAAAACGUAUGUCACAUUCUGUACAGUCAAUGAUGUAUGCGGUUUGAAAGUGAGCACGCAAUGGGUACUGUCCUUGGUUAAUAUUCUUGCUCCAGCUUCCAA